GCGCAAUGCCAUUGUUCCUGGAAGCAUGCCUGGGCGCACAACGAGUAUACCCUCUUGUGUUUUGUAUUCUCGUACAGGCAAGCGUAGGAGAAAACGGUGGGGGCAUUGGCUGCGGUACACAUCGAAUCGACAGUUCGCAGGAGCUCCAGGAUGCGUUGAUCUUGAUCAUGCGUACGGGUAGCGCCAGGAAGACAAGCCGACGACGGCUGCUGAGCCUGGGUCUUGCAUAGACAACCUGGAGUUUGGGAAAGGGCAGCGGGUAAGGUUCUCGCUUUGGUAGGUAGGCCGCAGGCGUACUCUGUGGUCUGUACUCCGUACGGCGUGCGCAAUUGAAGGUAACGUGUGCCUCGGUACCGAGCAAACAGCGCUCAAGCUGAAAGUCGAGUCUCUGGUGAGAGGAGAUCAGGGCAGGUCGAGGCAUCAGCUCCGCGGCCGCGGUC